GGGAGGUCUUGUGCCCGCCUCACCAGUGCCUUCCGAGCCGCCGUAGUGCUUGCUCGGCGGUUUGGUGAGGAAUGGAGGUAGUGGGUGGCUGUGGUGAUCCUGGUGGUGGCGAUCACCGAGGCUCGUCCGCGGACCCACAAAGCACCUUUGUGUUGGGUAACCUAGCGGAGGUGGUGGAGCGUGUCCUCACCUUCCUGCCCGCCAAGGCGUUGCUGCGGGUGGCCGGCGUGUGCCGCUUAUGGAGGGAGUGUGUUCGUCGAGUGUUGCGGACGCAUCGGAGUGUGACCUGGAUCUCCGCGGGAUUGGCGGAUGCUGGCCACUUGGAGGAGCAUUGCUUGGUCCGCGUGGUAGCAGAGGAGCUUGAGCAGAAUGUUCACAUCUUACCACAGACAGUUCUUUACAUGGCUGAUUCAGAAACUUUCAUUAGUCUGGAAGAGUGUCGUGGCCACAAGAGAGCAAGGAAAAGAAUGACUAUGGAAGCAGCAUUUGCCCUUGAGAAGCUAUUCCCAAAACAAUGCCAAAUCCUUGGGAUUGUGACUCCAGGAAUUGUAGUGACUCCAAUGGGAUCAGGUAACAAUCGACCUCAGGAAAUAGAAAUUGGAGAAUCUGGUUUUGCUCUGUUAUUCCCUCAAAUUGAAGGAAUAAAAAUACAACCCUUUCAUUUUAUUAAGGACCCAAAGAAUUUAACACUAGAAAGACAUCAACUCACCGAAGUAGGUCUUUUAGAUAACCCUGAGCUUCGUGUGGUCCUAGUAUUUGGCUAUAAUUGCUGUAAGGUGGGAGCCAGUAAUUACCUGCAGCGAGUCAUCAGCAGUUUCAGUGAUAUGAACAUCAUCUUGGCUGGAGGCCAGGUAGACAACCUGGCAUCGCUGACCUCUGACAAACACCCUCUGGAUAUUGACGCCACUGGUGUGGUUGGACUGUCAUUUAGUGGACAUCGAAUCCAGAGUGCCACUGUGCUACUCAAUGAGGAUGUCAAUGACGAGAAGACCGUUGAGGCUGCAAUGCAGCGCCUUAAAGCUGCCAACAUUCCAGAACGGAAUACCAUUGGCUUCAUGUUUGCAUGUGUUGGCAGGGGCUUUCAGUAUUACAGAGCCAAGGGGAAUGUUGAGGCUGAUGCAUUCAGAAAGUUUUUUCCUAGUGUUCCUUUAUUUGGCUUCUUUGGAAAUGGAGAAAUUGGAUGCGAUCGCAUAGUCACUGGGAACUUUAUAUUGAAGAAAUGUAAUGAGGUAAAGGAUGAUGAUCUGUUUCACAGCUAUACAACAAUAAUGGCACUGAUUCAUCUUGGGUUGUCCAAAUAAAGCCUCCUGUAAAGUGGCUUUCACAAUAUAUAAUUUUCGGGCUCCGCCUUUCCUAGAAAAGGGAAAUUGGGAUAUGUGUAUUUAAAAAAUAAUAAUAACUUUACAUAUCGGUUUUGUAGCUUCGACUCUCUAAAGAUUAUAUUAGGGGUAGUUUUUAAUAAGUUGGACAUAACACAAAUAGAAUCGAGAGCUUUUGCAUCAUGAGGCACAACCCUGAUUACGGCUGUAUUGUACCAGAUUGUGUAGCUGCUAUGUAAUGUGACAUUAUAAACAGUCUUCUGCAUAGGAAGAUUGGAAGAGGAUUCAUCAGUAGGAUGGAGAUUUAAGACAUUCCUUAACUACCUCUGCAUUAUUAGAUCUUUUAGCAAAAUCAUGAAGACAUUUUUUUCUCCCUUAAUGAAGGAGAAAAAAUACAUGGAUAGCUUGAGAAAUCUUUCUCUGCUUUACAAUUUUACCGAUUUUCUUCAGAAGCUGUAACAAAAGUAUUACUGACUUUUUACUUAUUUGGUAAAAAUUAAAUAACUAUUUUUGUUCUAGUACCCUAAAGUUGCUUAGUCAAAUAAGUUGCCAAGACUAAUCAAUAUUUUAUUACUUUAUAAGGAAAAACUUUCCUUUUCCCUCGAUGAAGAAAUUGUAAGGGAAAAUACUUUUCUUCACCUAGUUCUAUAUAGCUAACUGGCAGACCAGAGCAUUAUGUCACCUUAUUUUGGUUUUAUACCAAUAAAAUAUACCGUGGAAACGCACUCAGACAGUGUUUUGUAUAUCAUCGCUUUUGGUGAGUGAAUGACAGAAGUAAACAAUACUUCAGAAAUGAAAACCCGGAAUAGUAGUUGUCAGCUAGUAAAUCCUGCCAUGUUCCCAGUAGUAUGAUUUUUAAGCUUAUAUUUCUAACUAUGCUCAUAUCUAUAUGAGAUACGUUCAGAGAACUCCAAUUUUCCCCAGUGCCCUUUCUUCACAGAGUGAGAGAACCUUUGAUUUUCAGCUAGGCACAUGCCUGCCAUAACAAAGACUACAUUUCCCAGGGUCCCUUGCCAUUGACUGUUGCGGCCAGUGAAAUGCGUGAAGUGUGACCAUUUUUUUAGCCUUUCUUGAGCUUGUUGUUUAGAAGUAGAUCUGGUAGUGAGACAUCUUGAACUCUCCAGAAGAGGCAACAUUGUAGGGGAAGAAAAUCACACAGAAAGAAGGGUCCUGGGUUGCUGUACAAUUUUGUCCAAGUGCUACCAUAUGUGGCUUGGGUUGCCUAUCUCCAUACUGUCUUACGAGAUCGAGAUUAACAUCAGUCUUGCCUCAGUCAUUGUUCUUCAUUAUAACAUGUUUAUAUUCAUUCCAUCUAAUACAGUAUGAUGUGUCAAAUGUAUGGCACUUUUGUAAUGGUCAUUGGUUCUAAGAGAACAGUAGAAAACCUGCAAGGUAAGUGAAAUCAAAGGUAUUAAACUUCCUGCUUUUCUAUUUUUUAAUCAUUUCCCUCAGUUUUUACAUUAAAAGGUUUUCUCUUGCUGUAUAUGUAUAUGAUAAAAAUACUUAAACGUUUAUUGUGUGGUUAUCCUAAACCUUAGCUCCUGAAGAAAGUCCAAAGAAAAGUUUUAGAGCUUUUUAUCUGUGACUAUUAAUAUCUAGCCUUUAUUUAGUUGUUAAGCUUUUCUGUUAUUUGACAUUGGUUACCCGUUAUCAAAUAGACAACACUCAAAAUUCAAGUCUUUGGAUAUGCUUACAUAGCACAUAAGGACAAUACUUUGUAAAUUUUCCUUGUCUCUGAUAUUAACAAGAGUUGUUUGAAUAAUAGAGGAAAAAGGAUUUGAAAAACUAAAAAUAGGAACAAAAUGACCAUGAUUGAACAGAUCAUUUUAUUUUUCAAAUUAAUACUCAUACAUAAAUGUUUUGUUACUUCCCAAAGGAGAGUCUGCUGCAGGAUGAUUUCAGUAUGAUAUUUGAGGUUAUAGGGUCCCCUUUGUGUAUCUGAGCUUUGGGGGCUUGUUAUGAACAAUAAAUUCAUUUGAUUACAAGGUUAUAAUCUUGGUACAGAAUAGAAAGGGGAAAAAUGUACUCAGUAGAAACAAAUGUAGUAUUGAUGAAAACAAAACCAACUACCCUGCCUCUAGAGGUCUUGAUGUUGCAUGGAAGGGAACAGGAUUUUAACCAAAGAUAAAAUGAAGAUUACAAAUUUGAAGACCUGUGUUAAACAAAAGCAAGCAUUAAAAGGAUAAUUUUCUCAGCCAAAAACAGACUAAAUUCCAAGAAAUGGCAAUUUCCGUAUAGUCAUUUUUGAAACUAGAGAACAGAUCAUAAUGUGAGAAAAUACAUGAGCACAAGAAAAGGAAAGAUUAUACUCUUAGUGUCUUCGUACACUGAGCCACCUUCUCUCAGGUGAUGAUCAGACAGGAUGGUUUAUUUAAUCAAGACAUUUAAAAUACUUCCUUUUUAUGCUUUCACAGUACAAUCCUGCUGUAAUUUGCUCUGUAAAAGUCUCCUUCAAGGAAUUAUAUUUCCAUUCCCUUUAUGUAAGUAGAACUAAACUCCUUAUAAACCUUUAAGGAAAAGGAGGGAAGGCAGACCUUGGGAUUAAAACCUAGAAAUAGACACACUACAUAAUGACGUAAUAAUCUACUGUGACCUAUCUAAUGAAGGGCAUUCAGUAGGCCACUUCUCCACUUACAGUUCUCUCAACUUUGCCUAAAAAUGGAUCAUUAGCAAACAUAGCAAUUUCUCAAAUUUGUAAAAGAGGCCAGAUAGCAAAAGCUUUGUCAAUGAUUUAUAUUGCAAGUUUAACAUGCUGAACAUGCAAAGAAUAAAACUUUAACAAAUCUGAAAAUUUUCUAUGCAUUCUACAGAAAUUUGAGAAAAAAAAUAAAACUGCCUUUGUCAUUUUGUGCCCACACAAUCCAGCCCAGAUUAUCACCUUCAUAAAUUCAGUUUUAAUGGAAACAGAAGACUCUAAAUCCUCUUGUUUGGAAAUUGUGAAAUUUUUAAAUGACUGAUUUUCAUUUGUAGAAACUGGGUUGGAGGCUGCUUAAUAAAAAUCCUAAAAUAACAAAA